CAGUUGCUCACCUGACUCUCGCAAGCAUGAAGGUUCUGGUUCUCUUCGCUCUGGGUCUGGUCGCCCUGGCCGCCGCCAUGCCCUCCGACAUCAUCGACUUCGAGGAGGACCACAUGGAGCACGAGCAGGAGGGCAUCCCUGGAACGGCCGUGAGAGGCGAGUACUCGUGGGUAGCGCCCGACGGGAACGAGUACCACGUCAAGUACGUCGCCGACCGUUUCGGUUACCGCAUCGUCGACGACAACGUUGUGCCCAGAAUGCGCAGCGACGCGCCGGAAGUUGAAGAGGACGAUGACUAGGCAGGAAUUGGAAUACAGCCGGAAAGUGUUUUACUUACAUGUGUUUCAAAGUAAACUUUUAACGCUGAAAUAAAGAUUCCUUUCUAUA